AUGCUGCCGCUGCUGCUGUCCCUGCUGUGGGCAGGGUCCCUGGCUCAGGACUGGAGUUACCGGCUGGAGGUGCAGGAGUCCGUGACGGUGCAGGAGGGCCUGUGUGUCCACGUGCCCUGCUCCUUCUACUACCCCCGGAGAUACUGGGAGAAGUCUGUUCCAGCUCACGGCUACUGGUUCCAGGAAGGGGCCGAUGAGAAGCUGGAUGCCCCUGUGGCCACAAACAACCCAGAUCGUAAAGUUCAGGAAGAGACCCAAGGCCGAUUCCACCUCCUAGGGGACCGUGGAGACAACAGUUGCUCCCUGGACAUCAGAGACGCCAGGAGGAGGGAUGAAGGUUCAUAUUUUUUUCGUGUGGAAAGAGGAAGAAUGUUAUGGAGUUAUAAGAUUAACCAGCUCUCCUUGCAUGUGACGGCUCUGACACAGACACCCGACAUCCAUGUCCAGGGGCCCCUAGAAUCUGGCCGCCCCAGGAAUAUCACCUGUGCAGUGCCAUGGGGCUGUGAGAGGGGGACACCCCACACCUUCUCCUGGAUCGGGGUUGCCCUCACUUCCCUGCACCCCAAGAGCCGCCAUUCCUCAGUGCUCACCCUCACCCUGGGGCCCCAGGACCAUGGCACCAACCUCACCUGUCGAGUGACCUUCCCCGGAGCUGGCGUGAGCACCGAGAGCACCAUCAGGCUCAACGUGUCCUAUGCUCCACAGAACCUGGACAUUCGUGUCUUCCGGGGAAAUAGCACAGUCCCAGAGAUCCUGGGCAAUGCCACCACCCUUCGAGUCGUGGAGGGCCAGUCCCUGCGCCUGGUCUGUGCUGUCGACAGCAACCCACCCACCAGGAUAAGCUGGGCCCGUGGGUCUCUGACACUGAGCCCCUCACAGCCUUUGGAUCCCGGGGUCCUGGAGCUGCCCCAGGUGGUCUUAGGGGAUGGAGGAGAAUUAACCUGCCAAGCUCAGCACCUGAGGGGCUCCCUCCAUGUCUCCCUGAGCCUAGUUGUACAGGGUACCUCCUCUUCCGUCCCCCAAGACUCUGGGGAGCAGAGAGAGGGCUCCUGGCCCCUAGUCCUCACCUUGCUCAGGGGGGCCCUGAUGGGGGCUGGUUUCCUUCUCACCUAUGGCCUCACCUGGAUCUACUAUACCAGGUGCCAGUCACAAGUCCAUGUUGCCACUUGUGCUUCUGACUGGUGGAGUAUAGAUCGGAGGUUCUCAUGA